AUGCACCCUCCUUUCUGGGGCACUGCCUCCGUAUGUGACCCAGCUGUCCGCACUCCCAACACCCCGGUUGUCUUGUGUCAGGGAGUGGCCUUCUCCAGUCCCUUUCAUGGGGGUGGUCUCUCCAACGAUAGCCCGAAUGGCCACGCUCCCCCUGAUCCCAAGCAACAGGAGGAGUCUCUGUCCACCCCGUUCUCGUCUCUCUUGACCAUCCCUUUCUUCUCCCCUCCCCUGGGAGGCUGUGAGCUUAUUAUAGAGCCUAAGACUCUUUCCUGCUGUUGCAAACGCCUCCGCAAGGGGGAAGAAGUGUGUAUCUGUCUGUCCCUCCUUUCUUGCUUCCUUUCUCUCUCUCUCUCACUCUGCGUCUCUUUCUUUUUAACUGUUCCCUUUCCUCCUUUUUCCUCUGUUUUUAUUUGUCUUUGUUUGGUCGUUCGUCUGCUGAUUUUCUCGAAACAAAGUAACAGGUUAGGCGGUGACUGCUGCUACUUUCUUGCUGAUGUCGUACUUCGACAUAUCUAUCUAUCUAUCUAUCUAUCUAUCUAUCUAUCUAUCUAUCUAUCUAUCUAG